GGGCAGCCGCGCCCACUUCCUCCGCCACUCCGCACCCGCCGGCGGAGCACCCGGGGUGGCAGCGCUGCGCGCCCAGACCUACCCGGCUGCGGCGAGGCGGCCCUCGGCGCGCUCCGGUCCCACCGCGCGCUUUGCGACCCGGCUGCGGAGCGUUCGGCUGCCCACAUGGACUCGACGCUGAAACGGAACCGCUCGGAGGAGCCGGCGGAGCUCCCGCCGCCCGCCCGGGAGGCGGAGGAGAAAGAGGAGGAGGAAGAAAGGAUGGAGCAGGGCCUGGAGGAGGAGGAAGAGGUGGACCCCCGGAUCCAGGGAGAACUGGAGAAGUUAAAUCAAUCCACGGAUGAUAUCAACAGACGGGAGACUGAACUUGAGGAUGCACGCCAGAAAUUCCGAUCCGUCCUGGUUGAGGCGACGGUGAAACUAGACGAACUGGCAAAGAAAAUCGGCAAAGCUGUGGAGGACUCGAAGCCCUACUGGGAGGCCCGCAGGGUGGCAAGGCAGGCUCAGCUGGAAGCGCAGAAAGCCACACAGGACUUCCAGAGGGCCACCGAGGUGCUCCGUGCAGCCAAGGAAACCAUCUCCCUGGCUGAGCAGCGCCUGCUGGAGGAUGACAAGCGGCAGUUUGACUCUGCUUGGCAGGAAAUGCUGAAUCACGCUACUCAGAGGGUUAUGGAGGCCGAGCAGACCAAGACAAGGAGUGAGCUAGUGCACAAGGAGACAGCAGCCAGGUACAACGCCGCCAUGGGCCGCAUGCGACAGCUGGAGAAGAAACUCAAGCGAGCCAUCAACAAGUCCAAGCCUUAUUUUGAGCUAAAGGCAAAGUACUAUGUGCAGCUUGAGCAACUGAAGAAGACAGUGGAUGACCUUCAGGCCAAGCUGGCCCUGGCAAAAGGCGAGUAUAAGGCAGCCCUGAAGAGCCUGGAGAGGAUUUCAGAUGAGAUACAUGAGCGGCGGCGUUCCAAUGCCAUGGGGCCUCGGGGCUGCGGUGUGGGGGCAGAGGGCAGCAUCACCUCAGUGGAGAACCUGCCUGCAAGCAAAGCUGAGCCUGAUGCCAUUUCUGUGGCUUCAGAGGCCUUUGAAGAUGACAACUGCAGCAACUUGGUGUCUGAAGAUGACUCGGAAACCCAGUCUGUGUCCAGCUUUAGUUCAGGACCGACAAGUCCAUCUGAAAUGCCUGACCAGUUCCCUGCGGUGGCAAGGCCCGGUAGCCUGGAUCUGCCCAGCCCUGUGUCCCUGUCAGAAUUCGGGAUGAUCUUCCCAAUACUGGGUCCUCGAAGUGAAUGCAGUGGGGCCUCCUCCCCUGAAUGUGAGGUGGAACGGGGAGACAGAGCAGAAGGGGCCGAGAAUAAACUGAGUGACAAGGCCAACAACAACCGUGUUCUCAGCAGCACCAGCAGUGGUGGUGGCGGUGGCGGUGGCGGUGGCAGCGGCGGCGGCAGGAGCAGGAGCCAAAGCAGCACGUCCCUUGAGGGCCAGGCCCUGGAAACCCGGAUGAAGCAGCUCUCCCUACAGUGCUCAAAAGGAAGAGAUGGAAUUAUUGCUGACAUAAAAACGAUGCAGAUUGGCUGAUCCACCCAUGGGAUGUGCAGAUCAUAUUUAUACAUGAAAUUCAAGAACAUUGUGCCAAUAAUCAUUUAACAUAAGCCAAAUAGUAUCCAUUUACUCUAAACUGCACUAACCAAGUUUCAGUGACCUUGAGGGUGAAACGUUUGCCCUCUGGUAAGAGCUCUUGGGCUGGUGUGUUUUUUCAGAGCAGAGCCAUUGCAGGUAACCCAUGAUCACGGCCUUUCCAGAGCAUUCCUGCAGUGGCAGUGUGGAAGCAAUAACUAGUUUCUGUGAAAGAGCCUGAGCCAGGAGGAGAGCUGGCCACGUGACCAGACCGCGGCCACCAGCCUGUGUCUCUAGCCCCACUCACCCCAACUUGGGGAAACAUGUUCUCUCCAUUCUAUCACAGGGGCACCAAGAUAAUUUAAAAACUCACACAAACAAAAACUCACGUGUUCAGAACACACUGUUGUGACCUAGUAAAAGUGUAACAACAGUGCCAGGAACACAGUUCAUCAUCCUCACCUCUGGUGCUCAGAGGGGGCUUUAGGAAGCAUGACUUCUGGGAAACCUGUUGACCCAUCUCCUAGGAAAGCUACCAUGAACUGCACUUUUUGGGGAGGGACGGGGAAUGCCAGUGCGGGGACAGGACUGCAGUAGCGGGGACGUAGAUAGCACAGAGGGGGUCUGUGGCUGGGGGCGGCUUGUACCUGGCCGCAGCCUGCCCACCAAGGGGCUUUCUUCUAAGAGAAGUGCAUGUGAGCAGUGGUGGCCAUUGCUCUAUCUAGACUGACAAGGAGUUCAUUUCUCUGUAGACUGUAAUUUCUACAAAACCUGAGCUUAUUCAAGGUUUAUGCUGCACCCAGUAUUCCUUACAGCCGGAGGGAAUGGGCAUGGUGGGUGAGUAGAGGCAGUGGGCCUGUUAUGCUAACGGUAGUGGAUAGACUUAGUGCUUACGGUUAUGCAUAGUUACAGCACUGUAUUUUAUUUGACCUGUUUUACUAAUCUACCAUUUCUGAAAGAAGACAACAACUACCCAUUUCAAACUGUCUAUUUAAGUUUAGCCACAUAUGUACAGCUCUUCACACACUGGUGGUUUCUCCUUUUUUAUUGAUGGACACGGUAUCCUUAUUAUAAGGUUAUUUUGUACUUGUUUUAUUACCUUGAGUGUAAUAAAAGCUGAAAAGAC